UGCUCGGUGGAGCUCUCCUACUCCUGCGGUCAGAGCGGCGGACACAGACACCUGACCCUCACCGCCACCGAGCCCUCCUUCACGCCGAGCUUCAGGGAGCGGGACAGAAAGCCUAAAGCCACCUGCACGAGCUGGAUUAUGGAGAAGUUAGCUCGGCUGAGGAGCGACUGAGACGCGGCGGGAAAGUUCGCCCAGAGCCGCGGGAUGAGACACUCCUAGGAAGCUGACCACACUCCAGAUCCCUUAUGGAGAACGAGACUUCAGUGCACACAGGCUACAUCCCCCCUUAUCUCCUCCGCGGGGACCCUUUCGCCUCCAAGCUGUCCAAAGAAGGAGACAUAGUGGCAGCCUUGUACAUCCUCAUCAUUGGGAUCAUGUCAGCUGUAGGCAACGGCUAUGUCAUCUACAUGACCAUCAAACGGAAGACGAAGUUAAAGCCACCUGAAUUAAUGACACUGAAUUUAGCCAUAUUCGACUUUGGCAUCUCAGUCACAGGAAAGCCGUUCUUUGUGGUUUCCAGUUUUGCCCACCGCUGGCUGUUCGGCUGGGAGGGCUGCCGCUUCUACGGCUGGGCCGGCUUCUUCUUCGGCUGUGGCAGCCUCAUCACCAUGACUGUGGUCAGCUUUGACCGAUACCUGAAAAUCUGCCAUUUAAGAUACGGUACGUGGAUUAAGCGGAAUCAUGCCAUGCUGAGCCUGCUCUUCAUCUGGCUGUAUGCGGCCUUCUGGGCCACCAUGCCGCUGGUGGGCUGGGGCAGCUACGCUCCGGAACCAUUUGGCACCUCCUGCACUCUCAACUGGUGGCUGGCCCAGGCAUCUGUGGCUGGCCAAAGCUUUGUCAUGUCCAUCCUCUUCUUCUGCCUCAUCCUGCCCACGGGCAUCAUCGUCUUCUCCUACGUCAAGAUCAUCAUCAAGGUGAAGGCGUCCGCUAAGGAAGUGUCCUACUUCGACACGCGGAAUAAGAACAACCACAGUCUGGAGAUGAAGUUAACGAAGGUGGCGAUGUUGAUCUGUGCUGGAUUUUUGAUAGCUUGGAUUCCAUACGCGGUGGUGUCAGUGGUCUCUGCGUUCGGGGAGCACGAUUCAGUGCCUAUUCCGGUCUCAGUCAUACCAACCUUGCUGGCCAAAUCAGCCGCCAUGUACAAUCCAAUCAUAUACCAGGUCAUUGACUGCAAGAACAGCUGUUCACAGUUCUGCUGCUUUAAAACCUUGAGCAAAAAGAAACAGUAUAAAACCCCAAGGUUUUAUUCCAUCUCUGCCUCCAUUAAAGCGAGACCAGCGAAUGAAACACAAAUUGAGAUGUGAGCAUGUCUGCUCAGGUGACUCAGAUUCUACAGUGGACAUUUUGCCCCUGUGUUAGUGCCCUCUUAACCCUCAGAAAUCAAUGGGUGACAUAGCUGAAUUAGCCUGCACUGUCGCUGUUGACUUUCCAUAGCCACCUUACAGAGUAAUUGUUAUCCCUGUAUGUGCAGACAGAUCCUGUAUUUUUAUAUUUUGUACAGUUACUGCCUAUAAAUAACAUUCCACAGUGUAGUGACUCAAGGCACUAUAUAUAUACACAC